AUUUGAUCCGUCUGGCAAAUUCCGAACAUCGACGACUCGGCGUGAGUUUGAUUUGAAACAUCUGAUCUGCUACCGCCUCGACCGUGCCGACCGCGUUAUCGAUUUGUCGAUCGCUUAGCGAACCAGCUGCAGAGAUGGCAUCUCCAAGUUUUGCAUUCAUCCCCCGAAAUAUUUCCAAGGGUGGGAAACAACAAGGCACUUCCGCUCACGUACCCUCGUCACAUAAGUCGGAAUCGACACCUGCCAUCGAAAGAGAAUCAGCAUGCCCAGGACCGUCCGUGAGCGACAAAGGAAAAUGGAAAGUAUCUGAACCGUCGGUGAAACCAGUCUACAACGAGAAAGAUAUAUCCAUUCUUGUUGUUCUCGCGUUUUCGGACUAUGCUCUUUGGCUUGACUCAGAUCUGAGGAGGAAAACUGAAGAGUCUUUUCAGAGCGAGGAGCAUGAUGCUGGAUUUUUGCCUCUCAGCUACCUGAUGCGUCGCGCUUUUGGUAGAGAGAACUUGGGUCAGGAAUAUAUGCCGACUGAAGCAAACGCGGUAAAGGCAAUUCGGACCUACGCUAGCAACGUGCUGGAGGUUAGAAUGCUUGUGUCCGCUCCAUCUACAUCUGCAUGGUACCCUUCCUGGAAGCCGGAGAGGAGCUCGAUCGGUGGUUAUGAAGUACGAAGGAAGGAUUGGUCAACCCUAUUGGAUAACGCAACUCGUGAAUUCACUCGGGGUCAAUGGGACGAUCGUACUGUUUACAUGGAAAAUAUACCUACACAAUAUCACACAAUACCUGGCAUCGUUCGAUUUACGCAAGGGUUACUGUCUCAAUGUCCGGGAUCAUCGGCCUCGAUUCCAAUCCAAAAUGUCACACUUCCCCCGCACCACUUAGAUAAAACUGAGGACCGUCCAAAAUGUAAAGGCUUCGCACUCGUUACUCUGUGUAACGCAGAGUUGUGUCAGACUUUUCUUGAAUCGUGGCCUUGGACGCGGCCAUUCCAACUUGCCGAAUCGGACGUCUCUGGUCUCGCUGAAGAUAACUCGGAGACCGAAGAAGCCUCGAAGUUCGGGUUUCGCACGCUACCAAAAGCUUGCUGGGAUAGAUUGAACGAGGAGUAUCUCGCUUACCGCCAGAAAUUGAUUAACGAGCUAGCGGAUGCUAACGAACCCCUACAUAUCUCACCUAACCCCGAUGUACGGGACGUCGCUGAUGACGUUUUGGAAGACACCCCUCCCCCGCCUAGGAACGUGACAACUAUGCACUCACCGUACCCCUUCGGCUGUCUCGUCUUUGCCCGAAAUCUGCAUCUCGAAACAAAUAAGACCACUCUUCGAGCGCUGUUCGCUACCGCGUUCAAGUCGUCCCCUGUAGACCCCGCCGGGAUCGAUUACGUCGAUUUCAACAAAGGAAUGGACUCUUGCUAUCUUCGGCUUGCCUCGCCUGAGCAUGGUCGUAUUUUAGUCGACCACUUCGCUAGCCAGCCUGUGGUACAGUCUCACGGCCUUGAUGACACAGGCAAGACUCCCGGAGCGUCCCAAAAGACCAUUGCAACGGAGAUCAUUGAAGGGAAAAAGGAGGAAGUUUAUUGGGAGAAAGUUCCAGAGAAAGUCAGACGACAGGCUGUGGAAAAAGCAGUCAAGGCUCUGAAUGGCAAACGACCAUCGGCUCCCGCACACACUGCAUGUGGGCAAUCCGAGGAAAGCAGGCCGCGGAAAAAGAGAAAUCGUGGCUAAUUUUGCAAUGUUGGAAACAUUCCCCGACUUCCGACGUUAGUUGUCCAACACGGUCGGUUUCCCAUCUCCCAAAACCUCUGCCAGCUACCGUAGCCCGUGUUCGGGCCUUUUCGGUUGCAGUCAUUUGACACCUUGUUUGUUAGAUUGUCUUUGUGUCUGUUAUGCAGUUCUCGCUGAGCCCCUUUUUCCGUUAUGCAUGCCUCGGUGGGCCACUCCUGCAUGGUGUCUCGAAAUUUCCGUUAUGAGGCGUUCUACAGUUUCACGUUGACAUCUCUGUCCGGUGCCUGGGUCUUGCCACGGCAAUCGAAAGUAAACAAAUUUUUGUUCCGCCUCGGCAUCGACAUAAAACAG